GCUGCUCGCUGUCUCUGGGGAAAUGAGUCUUGUUUUUGCUUUAGCACUUGUAUGGUCUUUAUCUUGACCUCUUAUUUACUGUUUCUUCAGAUAGCAGAAUUUCUAUUAGCUUUACCCUUUUACAGCCAAGCUGGUGUGAGUUGUGUACGAGUAAGUUAUAUUGUGGUCUGCGAUCCAACGUUGGACUUUGGUUUGAUCUUCACCUACAACAAGAUAAAUUAGAGGACUAACCUUCAUAAUCCUGCAAAUUUUUACUGGUUUCACAUUAUUAAUUUAACCGUCUUGUGUACUUGUGAGUUCUUUAGCUAAAACUACAACACCAGAUAUUUGGAUUCUAUGACCGCUGGCUUUGUCUGUACCAGCAACCGUGGAGUAUCCUGUGGGUGUCCCUCCUCUCUGGAUGGGGAAGAGAACUCGAAGGAGGGAAUCAACAGGGCCCCGGUCCCCUGGGCCAACAACUCCAACAAGAGACACCAGGACAAUACGGGUGAAGAUGGUGCUGUUGGGAAGCUCUGGGGUGGGGAAGUCCAGUCUGGCAUUACGUUUCAGCAAGGAUGAGUUCAAAGGCACUUUACCCACCGUAGGCUGUGCCUACUUCACCCAGGUGGUGUGUCUGAGUGAUGUCACAUUUCACUUUGAGAUCUGGGACACGGCGGGACAGGAGAAGUACCACAGUGUCACCCCGCUGUACUACAGAGGAGCCCAUGCAGCACUGGUGGUGUACGAUAUCAGCAAACGAGAGAGCUUCAUAAGGGCCCAGGUGUGGCUUCGGGAGCUGGAGAAGCACUAUAUCCCGGCUUCCACCGUGAUGGUACUAGUAGGAAACAAGGGGGAUCUUUCAGAGCUGCGCCAGGUGACAUUACAGGAAGGGCACAGUCUUGCCGUUGACAGAGGCUUGCUUUUUAUGGAGACCUCGGCCAAGUCAGGGAAUCAAGUCCGUGAACUGAUGCUGGCUAUUGCCCGCAGGGUGAAGAGGUGUACAAGUGAGCAUCAAAGCGGUCUGACAGAGUGGCAGGAGACAGAGUUAGUGAACCUGCGCCGCUCUGAGACCCUACAGCACCGUCUUGCAUCCUGUUGCCCCUCCAUUGGACCCUAAUGUGUGUUGUGUGUCUGAUAUUUUUGUGAGGAAGAUUUAAGUUUAAGACAAUGACUUCUCAAUGACCCAAGAUCAGCUCAGUUAAUCCCUACCAUUGUGACAAUGAGUUGUCACAGUGCUGCAUCAAAUGUACGUUAUCUGAGGGCCGUUGGCAGACACAAUGUAAGUAACUUAAUUUAUGUGCCCCUAAUUGCACCGAAUACCUGUUUAUCUUACAGCUAUUGUAUGCGGUACUCAUGUGCCUAUGAACCAGAGUUAUAAUGUUAGCACUGAGGCUGUUUGCCCUAGUAGGAAGUCCACUGUGUGC